AUGGCCUUGGGUAUGGACUCGUGGUUCGUCUUGAAGUGUCGGAACAUCCACAAGCGCUUCGAGCUGUGCCACAACACUCAGGUGAUGCUGCAAGCCCUGGAAGACACCAAGACAGCCACCAUUGAUAUGGCUGAGCUUGGCCGGAUGCUUCGUCUGAGCCCCAAGAGACGUCAGGCCAUGAUCGACACUAUCCGAAAGUGCACAGAGAGAAUGACAAAGCAGAACAGAAACAAGCAAGACGAGACAAGAGAAUGCGCCUUGCUCAUUCACAUGUGCACCGAAGUCUUGGAGAUUGCCAACCGCCCUUCUCCCACGGUCUUUCCGUUCAUGAAGUUGCCUCGUGAGAUCCGAGCACGAGUGCUUCACAUGGUUGUUGAAACCAGCCAAAAGGCCUGCAGAAUGCCUGCCCUUAAGCGCAUCCAAGACAAGUAUCGCUGCAACUGUGCCAACCCCGAGGCAAGGUUGUGGACUCGCAUGGCCAAGCAGCAAUUCAACAUAUACAAGACUCUGGGAGCAGCCCUGAGAGACGAGUUCUUUCAGGUUUACUACAGCGAACAGACUCAGUACUUUGCCUGUGGCUGCGAGCUUCUUGGCCAGCUGGAGGCCAACAGCAACCUGUUCGACCACUUGCGCAAGGUUGAGAUUCACUGGUGCGGUCCUAAAUCCGACUUGGCCUUCCUCAAGCUGGCUAAAUGCCCCAACCUCAAGGAGGUGACGAUCAAGAUCUCCAAGGCAACGACUGCCAUCUUCAACAAACGUGAGGAGAUGAUGAGUGAUCACUUCCUCUUGAACUACAAGAUCAAGCGUAUCACGGACAGCCUUGGCGCCGACGAACUCCUUGCCAUCCGAGGCAUCUCAGAUGUUGACGUUCAGCAUAUUCAGGCUGCGCAGAAGCUUCAGCUGACCGAGUUCGAUCGCCAGGGUCUGUUGUCGGCUCUGGAAGCGACUGUCAAGCAGCCGAAGCAGACGAACACUACCCGCCCUACUGGUACCUGGGGAAUGUAUCUUCACUGA